AUUUGGUCACAGCCUAUUCAAGGGACCUUACAAUAUCGAGUUUGCUACAAAUUAAAUCUUCUCAAGACAAUGUUUAAAGGGAUAACCAAGAAUAUUGGGGAAGUUACAGUUAGAGCCAAAGAAGCCAGGGAAGCUUUGGAGAGGUUUCAAAGAAUGCUGGAUGAUAACCCAAGUGACCCUGCCAUGAAUCAAGAAGAACAAAAUCUCCUUGCUAACUACAUUCNAUAUCGAGUUUGCUACAAAUUAAAUCUUCUCAAGACAAUGUUUAAAGGGAUAACCAAGAAUAUUGGGGAAGUUACAGGUAGAGCCAAAGAAGCCAGGGAAGCUUUGGAGAGAUUUCAAAGAAUGUUGGAUGAUUACCCAAGUGACCCUGCCAUGAAUCAAGAAGAACAAAAUCUCCUUGCUAACUACAUUCAAGCUACUAAGAUUGAGGAGGGAUUUUACAAACAGAAAUCAAGGGUCCAAUGA